AUGGCCUCUGCAUCCAGUGUUGCAGCUCCCCCGAGCACCGUCUUCCCUCGCAGCCAUGUCGGUUUCGACAGCAUUACCUCUCAGAUUGAGAAGAAGCUCUUGAAGCGUGGUUUCCAGUUCAAUGUUAUGUGUGUCGGCCAAACUGGUCUCGGAAAGUCGACCUUGAUCAACACUAUCUUUGCUUCACAUUUGAUCGACUCCAAGGGUCGCCUGACCCCCAAUGAGCCCGUUCGCUCUACAACUGAAAUUCAAACCGUCUCUCACAUCAUCGAAGAAAACGGUGUACGUUUGAGGCUCAACAUUGUCGAUACCCCCGGAUACGGUGACCAAGUCAACAAUGACCGAUGCUGGGACCCCAUCGUCAAAUACAUCAAAGAUCAGCACUCUGCCUACCUCCGCAAGGAACUUACAGCUCAGCGAGAACGUUACAUCCAAGAUACACGUAUUCACUGCUGCCUUUUCUUCAUUCAACCAUCCGGCCAUGCCCUGAAGCCCAUCGAUAUCGUCGUCCUUAAGAAGCUUUCCGACGUUGUUAAUGUUGUCCCCGUUAUUGCCAAGUCCGACUCCUUGACCUUGGAAGAGCGACAAGAAUUCAAAGAGAGAAUCAAGGAGGAGUUCACUUUCCACAACUUGAAGAUGUACCCCUAUGACAAUGACGAAUUGGAUGACGAGGAGCGCGUGAUGAACGCCCAGAUCAAAGAUAUUAUCCCAUUCGCCGUCGUCGGAAGCGAGAAGAACAUUGUUGUCAACGGAAAACAGGUGCGCGGCCGCCAGAACCGCUGGGGUGUGAUCAACGUCGAGGACGAGAACCACUGCGAAUUUGUUUACCUCCGCAACUUCUUGACCCGCACCCACCUUCAAGACCUCAUUGAAACAACCAGCCAAAUCCACUACGAGACUUUCCGCGCCAAACAACUCAUGGCGUUGAAGGAGAGCAGCGCUGCUGGAGGUGCACACACUGGUGGAAGCCGACCCAUCAGCCCAUCUGCUGAUCGUGAGUUGAGCCGGAACUCUCAGAGAGUCACCAUGAACGGCUACUAG